AAGAGCAUCCAACGUGUUUCAAAAGCAUUCGGCUUCCUUCAUCAGGGAUGUUGCUGAUCGUUCCUAAUGGAUUUUUUUUUCAAAUAUUAUGUUACUGUAACAUAAAUUACACAGGUUAUUGACUAUGUCCCUCAUGGAAUGUAAUAAGUACAAUGAUUUUGCACUGUGUAAUACCUCACUUCCCCUGUGGGGGUGCUGCAGCAAAAUUCAUCUCUUUGUUGUCAGGUGCUGACUGUGAUGAGUAGGGGAAGUAAAAUUAUUUUGCACUGCUUUAUACCUCAACUCCCCUGCGGGUGUGCUGCAGGAAAAUACAUCUCUUUGGUGUCAGGUGCUCCUGAAGAUUAUGGUUAGGACACCCUGUACUUAGCUAAUUGUCAGGAAUAGCAGAAAUAACGAGAACUUCUGAAAAUUCGAUAUGACUCUCAUCCUUCCUUCCUGUCUCACAUAAGCCGCUAUCUCUGAGCCCAGGCAUCCUAUAUUUGUCUAUGGUGUAUAGACCAAACCUCAGACCCCGUACAUUAUGAGUCAAGCCUCUCGUUGGCCAAUGGCAGGAGGUGAUGUCCAUUUAUAUAGAGUGGCAGCUUUUUCUGCGGGAUUCCUUGGAGACGUCUCUGCUAAUGCAUAGAAAUGGGCUCAUAUAUAGAAGUCUGCCUGAUGUUAUUAUGUGUGACAUGUGCAUUAGGGGAGAGGCUGGGAUGUCCGCCAAGCUGUAAGUGCUCAGACAUCCUCACGUGCCCCCCGGGGUCAGCCCCGGCCCUGGACUCUUGUGGUUGCGGGUGCACAGUAUGUGUCCAAGGCCUCGGCUCUGGGUGCGAUGGAUUCACACCGUGUGAUGCUUCACAAAAUUUGGUAUGCGACUAUAAGGGAGACCCGAGGGGACAGCGAGGAGUGUGCCAGGUCCGUCACGAGCCUAAGUCCUGCUUCCACAAUGGCAAUGAGAUUCUCCAUGGACAAGAGUUUGAAAUAGACUGCAAGAGUCACUGCAAAUGUGAGAACGGGAAUAUGGACUGUGCCCCCCUGUGUCCGGAGCCCGAGAAACCCCUCAUCCCCAACUGCACCGAAAUGCAACUGGUGACUGUUCCAGGUGAAUGCUGUGCCCAGUGGAGAUGUCUGGAGGAGCCAAGUGGGUCUGAAGACUGGGAUGAACCCGGGGAGGUCUACCCUGAUCCAGAUGAUGUGUACACAGGAGCGGAGACAAAGAUCAGGACCAGAAGAGAAGCCCCUGAUCAAGAUACAGAACAAGAUGAGGAGGAAUUAUUAGAAGAAACGUAUUCCUGUAAACCAGAUACUGAGUGGACCCCCUGCUCACGCACCUGUGGAUUUGGGAACUCAUUGAGAAUAGUUUACGAGAAGGAAACUUGUAUACCUAAAGCUGAGAAGAGGCUAUGUAUGAUCAGACCCUGCAAGGGACAAUAUCCCAGCGCUAACUACACGGUCCUGAAGGCAAGCAAUGUCUGCAGUCGUGUCAUGAGCUGGUCCCAUCCGAUCCAUCUCCGCUUUCGUGACUGUCUGUCAAGCCGGCCUCUACUCCCCAAGUUCUGCGGCCUUUGCUCAGAUGGGCGUCUCUGCAAACCUUCGCUGAGCCAUACGCGCCCGGUGUCCUUUCAGUGUGCCCAACUCCAAAGGAAAGUCACCCGUCAAGUUAUGUGGGUGCAGAGGUGUGAGUGUGGUGGCAAAAGAGGAAUGAGAGGGAAGAAGAAGAAGGAGGAAGACAGUGAAAUAAGGCCAAAAGAGGAGAUCACAAACGAAGUGGUGAGAUACUAAAUAUAGAUGCCAGGAAGGUGCCAGAAAGCUAAAGUGGUUAUUCUGACAAAUGACCGCUUGAGUCUUUCUGUAACCGCUACUGAUUAAAAAAAACAAGAUUAUAAAGCCCUUGACAAUGGAGACUUAUAUCAUUAUGGGUCCACCAUUGGUUUUUGUUACAUAUCUUGUCAUACAUGAAGUUUGUUGGCCAUCCCUUUAAAGUAUCGGAGUGUCUUCCAAAAGUUUUUGGAUGUUAUCCUAUGGAUAUGCCUGGCAUAUUUAUAUAUAGUCCUUUAUCUUCUGUUGCAGUCAGUCUAUAAAUUCACUAGGAACCAAUAAUUUUGCGUAUUGUCGAGAAGAUCCUCUCUUGCGGUCACACAACCUUCAAUCACGGAGGGGUGCACUUACUUCUUUACUGUUUUUAGUACCAUAUUGCCGUUUUAAAAAUAUUUUCACAUUCCUACUAAAUACAGAAUCACGUGUAUGUUCUCCAUCCAUCUAUGAAUGAAAUAAAAUGC